UUGGAUCAUGGAGUGUGCUGCAUUUUUAUUUAGAGAAAGUUAAGCUGAAUUUCGGACUCCAUUUUCAAAAAUAUUGAUAUUUAUAUAUUUUGAAAAUGUUAAGUGUAUUAUAUAUAUUACAUUCUCUGCGGUUUCUUGUCCCGGAGGCGAUAAUGCUUGGAGUAGCUCCUCACUAUCUAGCCAUGUGGACAUCAUGGCGGAUUGCAUCGUGUUUGCUGCCUCGACGCGCUUAUGAACGAGGGGACGAGAUAUUGUAUGACAUGUAUCAGUCACUAAUUUGCUUCUUCUUUGAGACGUACACUGGAGCUGAGGUAAUUCUUUAUGGUGAUGAGAUUCCAUGGAAUCAAAAAGAAAACAUUAUCCUAAUUUGUAACCAUCAGUGUACAGUUGAUUGGAUUGUGGCAGAUCUUCUUGCAAUAAGACAAGGUUCUCUUGGCAGUGUACGAUAUGUUCUCAAGAAUGGUUUGAGAUAUUUACCACUGUACGGCUUCUAUUUUGGACAGCAUGGUUGUAUUUAUGUUAAAAGAGGAGGGAAUCAAGAACAACAAGAAUUAGAAAGAAAAUUGGAACAUUUUAAACACUACAAGACACCAGUAUGGCUAGUGAUAUUUCCGGAAGGAACAAGAUACACAUUAGAAAAACCAGAARUAAUUGAAAAAAGCAAGGAAUUUGCCAAAAAACUAGGUUUAAAAGAAYUACAACAUGUACUAACUCCAAGAACUAAAGCCACAGAGAUCAGCAUUGAUAAGCUGCAUGAUUACAUUGAUGCUGUGUAUGAUUUAACCAUUGCAUACAAAGAUGCCAAGGAAAAUGUAUUACCACGAAAAACUGCAAAGAGYAUGCCUAAUUUUCUUGAGUCUUGGGGGCAACAAAUUCAUGUCCACUGUCACAGAUAUGAAGCAAAAGAUAUUCCUAAGAGCCAUGAUGAAAGAAGACAAUGGYUACACAACUGUUUCACUGAGAAAGACAGAAUUCUUGGUMAUUUUUACCAACAAAAUGGUGGCACCUUCCCAGGAGAACCCAGACAGCAACCAUUACCCUGGUACAGGACUACUCCUUACUUUUUAUUUUGGUUGUCAUUGUUUAUUCCUGUUAUUGGGACCAAAUUGGGACGAUCUUUUUAYUGGAARAUUUGGUUACUUUCAAGUAUUGGCACAUUAUCAUUUAUGGCUGUAAGAAAAUGAUCCUAAAUAAAAAAAGUCUUUAUGAUUUGAAUAGUA